AUGGAGAAAGUGAAGUCCUAUUCCUAUGCAAGAUACAAAUAUCCUGACAUGAGUAAGACAAUGGGAGAUUCCAAGCUGGAUGUGAUGGAAGGAGAGUUCACAAACUCUCGAACUAUUGUAAUGCUUGGAGAAAACGGUAGUACUAGGAAAACGACAAUUCAUCCGGAUUAGUCUGUGAAGGAUCCUCAAUCAAAGAUGCCAGAGUUUAAUGUCUCGUAGAAACCGCAAGAAAAUGAUUCAAAGCGCGAGUGUACAGUGAAACAGUUGCUACAUGAUAGGAUACGUGAUGCAUACACAUCCUCAGUCUGUGUCGGAAUAAUAAAUUAAUGAGACACACUUCAGAUCGAAACGUUGUUGGAUCAAGCAGAAAACUUUUAGGGUGGAAAGAGGCAGAGGGUUGCCAUGACUUUAUGUCUGGUAAGCCUGCCUGCAGAUAUCUAUCUGGUUAAUGAGCCAAGUGCGCAUCUAGGCUCGGAGCAAAGGCUCACAGUUUCAAAGGUAAAUAAAACGAUUGCGUUUAUUGUGGGAAAUGGCUUCAUAACGCAAACCUAUCUGGCAGACAAACUCAUAGUGUAUGAAGAACAACCUGGCGUCAAGUGUACUGCUCAUUCUUCACAGUCGCUCCUCAGCGGAAAUAACCUUUUUCUAACCCACCUGAAAAUCACAUUCAGGCAAGAUCUAACUAACUUUAGGCCAAGGUUCAACAAACUAGAGUCCACCAGGGACAGAGAGCAAAAGGAUGCAGGAUCAUACUACUUCUUUGACGAUUGA